AUGGCUUCUAUGCGGGUGAAAAGUAAACGAGGCAAGAAAUCACCCUCAUGGUCCGAUUUUCAUUUUCCACCUCCACCUUCAGGUGAAUUUAUUGAUGAUAAAUAUGGUAUCAAUGAAUCAAUAAUCGAACCAUUGCUGAUACCUAAAAUACCUGUGUCACCUGUUAUUAUCAGUACACAGAGUUCAAGAGAUGAUCAAAUAAGACCAAAAAAGAUUAGCAAUGGUGAUAGCUUACACUAUGCUACUGCGGCUGUUCAAAUUUCCGAUUGUAAGAUGAAACGAAGAAUUGAGAAAUUCUGCCUGGAUCAGGUUAUGUUAGGUUCUGAAUUAGGCCGUGGAAGGAGUGUCUUCAAUGAUGAAAUGAAAAUAUUAUCAAAAAUUGAUCAUGAAAAUAUCAUUAAGCUUUAUGGUAUUGAUGAUAAUUCAACAAUGUAUCUUGAGUUAGCGCUGUAUGGAAAUAUACGACAGUAUUUGAUUCAUAAGCCUCAGGCCAACUAUUUAAAUAUGUUACAAUUAAUGAUGGAAUUAUCCAAUGGAAUGAAAUAUUUGGAGCAAAGGGAAAUUGUUCAUGGACAUUUAUCGCCUCAAUGCAUAUUGAUUGAUCAGCAUGAAAGGAUCAAAAUAGCAUCACCACGUGGACAUCUUCAUCACGCUCAACUACGUUACAGUGCUCCAGAAUCUGUUAUUGCUAAUGAAUGGAGCAAUAAAAGUGAUGUUUGGUCAUUUGCAAUAACAGCUUGGGAAGUUUUCAGUCAUUGUACGGCAAUACCGUUUGCUGAAUUGACAAAUGCUCAACUGCUUGAAAAUGCUAAACAUAUCUAUAGUGGACAUAAUGCGAUAUAUCUGGAGCUUCCUUUGAAUUUACCUCAACAGGUAUCGAAUCUCAUUAGCGAAUGCUGGCAAAGGACACCAAGCGAUCGACCAACAUUUCUUGAAAUUCAUUACAUUCUAUCGAUGAAUAAUUCGGGUUUACUUAUUUCUGAAAAAGGGUAA